AUGGCGGACAAAACGAUUGCCGUGAUUCUGGUUGGAGGACCCACAACUGGGACCCGUUUCCGACCGCUCACUCUGAAUGUGCCCAAGCCGCUCUUCCCGCUGGCCGGCAAGCCCAUGGUUCACCAUCCCAUCCACGCCUGCCAACAGAUCCCCAACCUGGUGAACGUGUUUGUGAUCGGAUUCUUCGAGGAGAAGGAGUUCACGCCCUUCAUCUCCUCGCUCUCCGCCGAGCUGCGCGUGCCCAUCAGGUAUCUGCGCGAGGACAAGUCACACGGGUCCGCAGGAGGGCUGUACCACUUCCGCAACACCAUCCUGCAGGACGAACCCGAUCACAUCUUUGUGAUUAACUGCGAUGUCUGCUCCACCUUCCCCCUCGCUCCCAUGCUCGAUUCGCACAAGAAGCACGGCGGCGUGGGCACUCUGCUCUGCCGCAAAGUGGCGCCAGACACUGCAAGUGACUUUGGCGAGCUGGUGGCGGACCCAGAGACGAAGGAGAUCCUGCAUUAUGCUGAGAAGCCCGAGACGUUUGUGAGUGAUCGCAUCAACUGUGGUGUGUACGUGUUCCGCCCGGCCAUCAUGGACAUGAUCAAAGCAGCCAUCGCCGAGGGUGACGGAGAGAACUACGUACGGCUGGACCAGCAUGUGUUUUCGAAGCAGGCAGGCAAGAAGCAGCUGUACGCGUUUGAGACAGAUGACUUCUGGGAACAGAUCAAGACGCCUGGGCUGGCCCUCCGGUGCUCGCAGCUGUACCUGACGUACUACAGGCAGACGAGCCCCCAGCUGCUCGCGCCCUCCACUCCUGGCGGCCCCACCCUCAUCGGCGACUGCUUCAUCCACCCGUCUGCUAAAGUGCACCCCUCUGCCAAGGUGGGGCCGAACGUGUCGAUUGCAGCGAAUGUGCGCAUUGGCGCAGGCGUGCGCUUGAAAGACUGCAUCAUUCUGGACGAGGUCGAGGUCAAGGAGAACGCUAUAGUGGUGUCCUCAGUGGUGGGGUGGAAGUCCGUGGUGGGGCAGUGGGCACGCGUGCAGGGAAGCGGGGACCUCAAGUCGCGACUUGGAGUCACCAUUCUCGGAGAGGACGUGGCAGUGGGCAAGGAGGCAGUGGUGGUGAACUGCAUUGUGCUGCCACACAACCUCCUCAAUCUCUCCUCCAUCAAUCCUCACCCCCCUGGAUUCCCUUCGGUGUGCCUGGUGGGUGGCGCCAGGGACUUUGAGCUCACCGGACCCAGCAUCGUCACCCGGCUACUAGCCGGCCUCGCUUCUUCCUCCUCAUCCUCCUCUUCCUCCUCGUCCUCCUCUUCCUCCUCCUCCUCUGACCCCCCCACGCGCCCCUCCUCGCCCCUCCCGGUGCUCUUUCUCAACUCGCCUCUUGACGAGAACGCGCACAAGCUCUGGGCGCUCAAGUGGGCCGUGCGACCACGACAACGCACGACCAAUCAACCCACACGUGACCCCUCCAGCAGCAGCGGCAGCAGCGACGGCUCCUCCUCCUCCGCAAGUGAGCUGCCACCACCACUCACCAGCGACAUCUCACCCAGCAUAUUGCACAGCGAUCCGGGCACAUCGGGAGCUCCAGGGACUCUGGGGGCGUUGAUGGGGACUGUUUUACUGGGUGCAGUGAACAUCUUCGCACCCACGUGGCUCAACGAAUCCGCUCUCCUGCACAACCGCUCCUCGUUUCUGUACGGCGGCACGUCCCCCCAGGGCGUGCAGGGCUUACUGCAGUACUUCCGGCUCGUGGAGACCUGCAUUCCGCUCAUCCGAGGGUACGAGCGGCGGCAUGGGGUCACGUUUGACUGGAUCGUGCGCACGAGAGUCGACACGUUCUGGUCCGCGCCGCUUCCUCCUCUCGCUCCUCUCUCUUCUCUAUCUUCCCCCCCUCCCUCUUCUCCUCCUCCUCCUCCUCACUCUGCCGGUGUCCUGUCCCUGCUGCUGAAUGCCGCGCUGCACCGAGGAGUGGGCGAUGGUGCAGCAGGGGGCGGAGGCACGUACUGGGUGCCGCAUGGGACGGACUUCUGGGGGGUGAACGACCGCUUUGGCGUGGGCACGUGGGGCAGUGCUGAGGCUGCUAUGGCUCGCCUGAGCAUGCUGGAUGGAGUCAUGGCGCGUGGCUAUGACGAUCUCAAUCCGGAGAAGGGCACAGCUACAGGUAGCGGGGGUGCGCGUGGGGCGGGUGGACGUGCCUUUCUCGAUCUCAAUUCGGAAAAGGGUCUGAGGGCGCAGCUACAAGUAGCAGGGGUGCGCGUGGGGCGGGUGGACGUGCCUUUCUGUGUGCUCUCGCGCCGGCCCUACCCAGAUGACGAUGUUCUCGCGGCUGCGCUCUCCUCCUCCGCUCCGCUCAACGGCGCCAAGUGCUGGCCCUGCACUCCCGCCUACACCGGCCUCCGGGCACUCCUCAAGUACGUCCUCAUCCCCCCCACACGCUGGAUCCGCUCGCCCUCCGCAGACUGGCUCAACCGCCCCGCCUCCCCCCGCGGGGCAGUGCAGCUGUGCGACCCCACUCACCCCUGGGAGCCCGCCUGGCCCGCCGCCUUUGACGCCGCUGCCGGCGCUGACCUGGCUGCUCUCAGGAGGGUGGUUGAGGAUGCGGGCCUGGGGGAGUGCGAGCGACGGUUUGACGAGCUGUGCGACCCCACUCACCCCUGGGAGCCCGCCUGGCCCGCCGCCUUUGAUGCCGCUGCUGGCGCUGACCUGGCUGCUCUGCGGAGGGUGGUUGAGGAUGCGGGCCUGGGGGAGUGCGAGCGGCGGUUUGAAAAGUUCAAGUCAGCAGCGGACAAGUGGUCAGCCCCACCCAUUGCAUCCAUCUUCUUAGAGAUGUCUCAAGAACUCCCCCCUCUUUCCCCAAACCCCCCCACGCCUAUUCGAAAUUUCUCUCCGCAGUUCAAGUGGGCAGCGGACGAGUGGUCAGCCCCACCCAUGGCAGCCAUCUGCCAUCGCGUCCUGCUGGGCCCCCUGGACCUCCUCUCUGCCUCCAGGUGUAGCAAUAGCCUCUCUGCUCCCUUGCCUGCAUGGCCGCUCACCGCAGUAGCAGCACUGGUGGCGUUCAAGUCAGCAUCGGACGAGUGGUCAGCCCCGCCCAUCAUUGCCAUCUGCCAUCGCUCCCUGCUGGGCCCCAUGGACCUCCUCGGCCCGCCCUCCGCCUCUUUCUACACCGCCACCUCCCCCCUCUCCGCCUCCAGCUCCCUUGCCUGCACCGACACUCUCAGCAGCAGCAGCAGCAGCAGCAGCAGUGGUGGUGGUGGUUCUGAGGAGGGGGUGGGAGGGGAGGGGACGUGGGAGGAGGAGGUGGUGAGGCGAGUACCGGGUGUGGCAGUGGUUCGUGGUGCUCUGGACGAGGUCAGCAGCAGCAGUGCGCACAGGCAGGGGAGGCCAUUGGACGUGCUCAAGUUGAGCCUCGAUGGCUCCGACCUCCCCACCCUAUCAGCCCUGCUACGGCAGCACUCCCUCCUACCAGCCUGCCAGCUGCUAGUCCCCUUCCCCACCGGCCAACCAGAGAGUGCCAAGUGGCGCAGGGACAUCGUGGCAGGGCUGGAGCAGGAGCAGGUGUAUCUGGCAGCGUGCGUGCAGGAGUGGUGGAGUGCGGUGGAGAGAUGUACCUUCUUCUCUGUGCCUCACUGCUCCUCGCUGCUGCGGGGUGUCAAUAAGCGCAUUCAAACUCAGCAAGUGUAA